AUGGACUUCAGUGGACGAUAUGAACUCCAGAGCCAAGAAAAUGUGGAACUAUUUAUGGAUGUUCUGGGAGUCCCAGAUGACAUGAUUGAAAAAAUCAAAGACCUCAAGAGAGUAACUAAAAUUGUCCAAAAUGGAGAAGACUUCAUAGUUGCUAUACAAACUGGUGAUCAAGUACUUGUCAAUAACUUUACACUUGGACAAGAGACACACGUGCAAACUCCCGCAGGAGACAAGAUAAAGGCUGUAAUGAACCUAGAGGAAGGAAAUAAACUAGUCGUUAAAGCGAAAGACUUUACUUCUGUUGCAGAAUUCAAUGGAGAUCAGCUGACAAAUACCAUCACUUUUGGUGAUGUUGUUUACAAACAAAUAAGCAAAAAAGUUGAAGAGCCUGAUGCUGAAGAAGAUCACCUGUAG